AUGGAAACUAUGGAAGGGGGGAAAUGCGUCAACCGAAGGAAUCAGGAGAGGCUCUUUGAAUGCUCCCAUUGUGGGAAAUCCUUUGCUUACCGUUCCCUCCUUUUCAUCCACCAGAAGCUGCACACGGGGAAUGGAUCCCACCUGUGUUUCCUUUGUGGGAAAUCCUUUCCUGGAGUGUGGAGCUUUGCCAAACAUCUCCGGAGCCACCCUGGACUGAAGCCUUACAAAUGCGGAGAGUGUGGGGACCGUUUUGCUAAAGGCUCGGACCUUGGAGCCCAUCAGCGAAUCCACCAGGGAAAGAGACCCCAGGAAUGCCUGAAGUGGUGGAAAAGAAUGGGCUUUUCUCCGAGGUCAGAGCUGCUUCAACAUCAGCAAAUCCACACAGGAGAGAAACGUUACAAGUGCGGCCAAUGCGAGAAGGCCUUCGCUCAGAAGUCACAACUUUGGCUCCACGAGGAAGUUCACAAAGAAACCAAGUCUUAUAAUCCGUGCGGGGGGGAAAAUGCCGAGCGAUCAACUCUUCGGAGUCGCAAGAAAAGAAACCGAAGGGAGAAAAAUGAAGAGUGCCCAGAAUGCGGGAAAUGUUUUUCCACCCAGGCCUUCCUGAUACGACAUUGGAGAAUUCACACUGGCAACAGACCCUAUCAAUGCUCCGACUGUGAGAAACAAUUUACGUAUUUUUCAUCACUUUGCAGACACCAGAAACGGCACCCAGGAAAGAAACGCCAUACAUGUGAGGAGUGUGGGAAAAGCUUUGCCUCCAACUCCUAUCUUCGUGCGCACCAGGAUGCCCACACAGGGGUGAAACUGUACAAGUGCACAGAGUGUGGGAAAUCCUUCGUUGCAAAGGGAAGCCUGUUGCAACACCAGAUGAUUCAUUCCCAGGAAAAGUCCUUUCAGUGCAUCGAGUGUGGGAGGUUCUUUCUUACAAAAGGAGGCCUCAAACGUCACGUGAAAAUUCACAAAGGAGAAAAAGAUUACAAAUGUUUAGACUGUGGGGCAGCCUUUGCUUAUUCGUCGUCCUUAAGAAACCACUGCAUCAUGCACACCGGAGUAACCCCCCAUAAAUGCCCCGACUGCGGCAAAUACUUUGUGUCAGGAAUGUGGGAAAUCUUUACUCUCAAAGAAUAUCUCCGGAACCAUGAGAAAUUUCACACGAAUGAGAAACCUCACUGGUGUGGGGAGUGCAGGAAGGGCUUUACGUGCCAUUCAGACUUUCAGAUACACUUGCGGGAAAAGUCCUUUCAGUGCAUCGAGUGUGGGAGGUUUUUUCAUACCAGAGGAGGCCUCAAACGUCACGGGCAAGUUCACAAAGGAGGGAAAGAUCACAAAUGUUUAGAGUGCGGGGCAGCCUUUGCUUAUUUGUCAAAUCUUAGAAAACACAAUCGCAGAAAGCACAUAGGAGCGACGUCCCUUAAGAAAGGUAUAGAGACGGCAGAAGAGAAGCCCUUUACAUGCUCGGAAUGCAGUAAAUCUUUUUACGAGAAAGCCCACCUUUUGAUCCAUCAGGUCACUCACACUGCAGAAAAACCUCACAAAUGCCUGGCCUGUGGGAAAUAUUUUGCUCACAAAGUAUACCUUAAAAAGCACGAGAUCGUUCACACGGGAGAGAAACCUCACAAGUGUGGGAAAUGUGGCAAGGAUUUUUCCCGCAAGUCCGAACUCCGGAUCCACGAGCAUAUACACACAGGGAUAAAGCCUUAUCAAUGCUCAGAGUGUGGGAUGCGUUUCAAUCACAAUUCAUCUCUUUGGAGUCAUAAGAUAACACACAACGGUCUGAAAAAGGAAAAGUGCCCGGAAUGUGGGAAAUGUUUUGCUCGUAAGGGAGCACUCCGUGUCCAUCAGAGAAUCCACACAGGGGAGAAGCCAUAUACAUGUUGGGAGUGUGGGAAAUGUUUUACUCAACAGCAAGGACUUUAUGUGCAUCGGUUUGUUCACUCGGGGGAAAAGCCUUAUAAGUGCAUCGAGUGUGGAAUCAACUUCCGUCAUACAUCAUCCCUUAGUAGACACCUAAAUGUUCACCGACAGAAGUGAUGGCUAAACUUUUUCCCAUCGCGUGCCAAAAACGGGGGGGAGCACAAGCGGAGGGUGCGCGGGCGCGCCCACCACCAUGAUGCUAUGCAGAUUCCACGGAGAAUUCGGCAACAACGUAGGCAGUACCAAUUUUUAACAAACCAAAUAAAAACAGAAUAAUGUACAGAUGGUUGGUACCAGAGGGGUUCUG